CGGUGUAUCCAGCGCUUAUCCCGAGUCGCGAUCCGCAUGUUGAGACGACAGGAAUGAUGAUAUUUGGGCUGAACGGUGCGGAUCGGAAGGCAAUGGACGCUUUCCAGGGGGGCAUGUACGAUUUGAGCCGGGUGACGGUGGAGAUUGAAGUCGAGGAUGGGACCAAGGAGUUCCAUGAGGCUUUGGCAUAUAUUUGGAAUGGGCCAUCGACGCAGCUUGUUCCGGUGGAAGACAUGUCUUGGUCGCCGUUUGAUAUGCUCCGUGAUAAAUGGUUGUCUGGGAUACACAAGUUGGUAGAACACGAGGAGGCAGCGCUUUAGCUUGACACUGCCAGAAGAGCCAUCUGUCAUCAGAAAGGCUUGUACUGGAAUCCACAGUCUACCGAGAAGAGUAGGAAAUGUUGUCACAUAAAAAGAUAAUAGUCUCCAAUUGACGAGACAAGCAGGCAACCCGCUCAUCCUACUUGGG